AUGCAUGGGAAGCGGAUCCUAAAACUCCUACAAAAGAUUUUUAGCUGGUUGCCGUUAGCAACAGUCAUUGAUCAGAAAGUACUAGUGAUCCACGGCGGGAUUUCUGACUGCACAGAUCUGGGAAUCAUCGCCAGAGUGGACCGGCACAAAUAUGUUUCAGCUUUGCGGCCUCCAAAGAGAAGACACACAAGCUCAGCCGGAGUGUCCGUGGACUCCGACCUGGAUGAAGAGUGGUCCAACACUAAGUUCCUGCAGCGGCGAGCCUCCAUGACGUACCCCAAACCGCUGGGCAUGCGUUCAAGCUUCCAGAACCGGUCGCUGCAGGACUUUUCCGACCGCAUCCGGGUGAGAGUGGAGGACGAGCUGGAGAUGUGCCGGAAGAGGACGUCCAUGUUCCACCCGCAGAAAGAAGACCAGCAGAAUGAGGCUUUCCAGUCACUGUCAAUAGAGUCUGUGAGCAGUGACAACGCCAAAGAGGAGUGGAAGCAGAUUCUAGACCUGUUGUGGAGUGAUCCCAUGGUUCAGGACGGCUGUGUGCCCAACGAGGUGAGGGGCGGCGGCUGCUACUGGGGUCCUGAUGUUACUGAGGACUUCCUGAACAGACACAACCUGCAGCUGCUGAUCCGCUCCCAUGAGUGCAAACAAGAGGGCUAUGAGUUCUGCCACAACCGCAAGGUCUUGACUUUGUUUUCUGCCUCUAACUACUACACUGCUGGAAGCAAUAGAGGUGCCUAUGUUAAGCUGGGGCCAGAUCUUGUGCCUUAUAUGGUUCAAUACCAGGCCACCAACAUGACCAGAGAGCUCACAUUGAGACAGAGCAGUGGGUGUACAGAACGCUCGGCUCUAAAAGUCCUGCGGGAACAACUCUUUGCACACAAGUCUGACCUGAUGAGAGCCUUCCGAGCUUAUGACAAGGGAAACACAGGUCUCGUAAACCUGGGAGACUGGGCCGACGCACUGGAGAGUGUGAUGUGCCUGGGUCUGCCCUGGAGGAUGCUGCGCUCUCAGCUGGUCACGUGCAGAUCCAGCGAAGGCAUGAUCAACUACUACGUGUGGUUCAGCGAACUGGCCAUCAGAAAACCUCAAACUGAUCACAUUGACGAAGGGCUGAUAGAGACACUGUAUCGCCAUCGCUCCACAGUAGAGACCAUCUUCAGAAUUGUAGACACGGACAAUUCAGGCUUCAUCACUAUGGAGGACUUCAGGCAAACAUGGAAGCUUCUGAGCAUCUACCUAAAGAUGGAGAUCGCUGAUGACGCCAUCUCGGACCUGGCCGUGUCUAUAGACAGUAACCAGGACGGCUGCAUAGACAUAGUGGAGUUCAUGGAAGCUUUUCGGCUCACGGACAAGAAAAGCCGUUUGGAACGCGGCCGUAGUAUGUUUAUGGGCACGGCCACAGAUCUGACCAAACUGGAAAAAGAUAACAACAUCUGA